AUGGAAAGAGAGACUCUUGUGAGUGGAGCCAGAAUUAACACUGGGAUUCUCGAGAAGAUCCAAGCUCUUGUGAGGAACAGCGAAGGGGGAGACUUUAGAUGUGUGGACUCAAUAAAGCCUUCUUCCAAGCCCGAGGGGGAAGCCAAGGAGAAGGAGGUCGGAGGCUCAGGGAUUGGUGCCAACCUUAAUGUUUGGAGAAUCAACCACCGUGUGUUGGUAUUUGGGCAAUGCUGGGAGAAUUCUACAGAAAACAUAACAAGGAGAAACAACACCAAGGAGCUUAUCAAGUUUUUUAAUGAUAACUAUAAGGAUAGGUUUAUGAUCUGGUGCACCGGGGAGAAUCUCAAGGAGUACGUUAAUGUUCAAAGAAUACCGUCGCUUGAAUUUGAUCUUGGGCUUGCCUACAGGGUGUCAUGUGCUGUAAGAUGUUGGUUAGAAUUUAAUUCAAACAACAUAGCUGCACUUGAGGUAAGGAGUGGUGAUGAAGACAAACUGAGGUUUUUAGUGGGAUGUAUUCUAAGGCACUGUGGGGUUGCCGAUAGAACGGAAAUAGUGUGGGAGAGGUAUUUUGAAGACGCCCUUGCACCGAGUUUAUCCAACAUCAAUACAGUCAAAAGAUACAUCAAGUACUUUGAUUCUGCAAGCGCUUUGAAAGGAGAUAGAAUCCAUUCGGUUGUUUUGAAGCAGCUUAUAGUGACUACGAUUCCUCUUGGGCCUGCCGAAGAUUUCACGGUUGGAAUGAAAGUGAUGAGGAAGGGGGAAGAGCUGUCUGUGAUUAGAGAGCAGGACGGCAACGACAAAGUUUAUAGAGAUGAGGAUUAUGUUGUGUUCAGCGGAGUUGACUGUGAGAUAUCUGAAGACAUACAGAUUCUUAUGUGCUAUUACUUUGGAGGCACAGAGAAAAAUGUAGUUCUCUUGAGAAUCAACACCCUUUUCUAUAGGCAGGGUUUAUACAGAUUUGUUUUGGAUGACAUGGAGUGCUUUCUAUCUAAGAAGAAGUUUGACAAAGAAUUUACUAUUGAUAUUGUUAUGAUUGAGUCAGGAAAACCUGUAGAGAAGCCAUUGUGCAUGUACAAGACCGACAUUGUCCAAGGGCUUAGAUUGCUGAAUGAGAAUUUCUGGGGAGAGCCUGAUAGAGCGAUUUACGAGAGGCUUACCUCUGAAGGCCGAAACGAAAUAAUUGCAAAGUUCUGUGCAUUCAUGAAGUAUUGUCCAGAGAAGGCUAGAGAGUUUAUUGAGGGAUUGGAGGUCCAGGGCCUGAAGACUAGUAGUUUUGAGGCCAAGGUACUUAGACAUAUGGACGAAACAUUCAAGGAGAAGGAAUGUAGCCCUAGCAAAGAGACUAAGCCAGAGGCUGCCAAUGGCUCGAAGAAAUCCAUUUCCAACGGAAUGGUGUUUGACAGGAGAACCCUAUACUCAAUGGAGAGUGGGCAGUUGAAACCGUUAGAGUUGAUAGUGCUGUCACCCGGAAUAGAAAAGACCGUCAAUCUGAAGACGAAGAAGAUAAUAUUAAAGAAGAAGCCGGCUGAAAAAUAUGAUAUGCCUGCCGUUAUCAUCAAAAAGCCCCUCCAUUGGAUUCCAUUAGCAAGGGCUGAGAAGACAAUAUUCGAUGAUGUUGACGGAAUCAAUGCUGAUAUUGACUACAAGAGGUUUGAGGAGAUAUUUUGCGAACCAUUCUCUGAGCACGAAAGCAAAAGUAAGCAGAUUCAGAAGAGCAUUGUAGAAGACGGCAGGCUGUUUCUGGUGUCCCUCUCGCUGAAGCAUCUUGAGAUGAGGAACAUAACACCUGAGAAUGUGUACUCCAUACUCAAAUCUCCCGACAAUGCUCUUGAGCUUCAGGAUCUACUGAACAUCGAAAAGAUGUAUCCGGAUCAUGAAGAGGUCAUGAAUCUGAUAUCAGCAGCACCUGGGUCCCUUAGUAAGGUUGAAAAGGCCAUGCUGGCAUACUCACAGCUACUGGAUGUUCGUAAGCUUAUUGAGAUAUUGAUCUUCGAAAGAAAGCUUUUUGACGAGAUAUUUCUUAUAGAAGGGACCCUUUCAAGAUUGCUAGAGGUCUGUAGUAAGAUCCUGGAUAGCAAGAGCCUUAGGGUAGUUCUCAAAAUGAUUCUUGAGAUUGGAAACACAAUGAACUUCCGGUACUCGAUGAACAAAAAGAAGGCGAGUGGGUUCAGGCUCUCCAGCUUGUAUGUAUUCAGUAACUACCGAGGAAAGAACAAUACUUCUCUCUUCCCAUUUUUAUUCCAGAUGUUAGAAGCCAAUGGCGUUAGGCCGGAGUAUCUACUUGAAGAGCUUUCUCCCAUACAUGAUCUGAAGAAUGAGGAGUUGACGAGAAUGCGUGAGAAGAUCAACUACUUCAUAGAAAUGUACACAGAGAAGCUGGAGCUCCUAGACCUGUUGGAAGAGAGUGUUAAGGAGGAAUACGCGAAGUUCUUCAGGUUUGCAUGUAGCAAGCUUGAAAGUGUAAGCUGUAAUUUCAAGAAGUUUCAUCUGUACUCCAGCAUGAUUAAGUGUAAGUUUGGAGAAGAAGAGGCAAGAAAUUUAAAAGAAAUAUUAGUUACAUUAUCUGAUUUUCUGUGUAGCAUGAAGCAACAUCUCGAGCAGUAUAGAAGAAUCCACAAUCAGACUUCUUGA